AUGAUGGCUUUAGAGGCAGCUUCAUCACCACCUCAACCACAACAACAACAACAAGGUACCUAUGGCAAUGGUUCGGAGAGUCUACUAGCAAAUGUUCUUGUUGGUAAUUCAGGUCUCCAUACAACAACAACAUCGAAGGCUUCAUCAACUUUAUCCCUAGGGAAGGGAACAAGUAAGAAGAAGACACAAAGUAAAUCAUCAAAACAUUACGGAUCAUCUAAUAGUAGUAGUAGUAGCAACAACAAUAAUAGUACUACUCAUGCUGGAUCGGCGAUACAAGAAAGAAAGGAUGAGGAAAUUUAUUUAGAGAAUUUUGUCAAGUCAAUUGAAUAUUUACCGACAGAAAUUAGGAAAGAUUUGGGGACAAUCAAGGAAUUGGAUAAGAAAACAUCAAAAAAUGUAACUUUAUCUACUGAAUUAGCAAGUGAUUCAUCUAAAUCUAAUGCUGAUAGGAGUGAAGCAAUUCGUAAAUUAAUGGACGAAUCUAUUAAUUUGAGUACUGAAAAAGUUGACAUUUCACAAAGAACACUCAAUAAGAUUAUUCUUCAUAUGGAAGAUUUGGAAAAGAAAAUUGAAGAAUUAUCACAAAAUAUUCAACAAAAACCACAAAAUACUCUCAAACUAGAAUCGCUCUACAUUCCACAACUUUCUGAAGAUAAUCAAGUUCACUAUUUCACUCCAUCAGAUCCUAGUUUACAAUCUAGUUCAUCAAAGAGUAAUAAGAGAUUGGUUCAACAUUCAGAAAAUUUAAAAACACUUAAAAGUGGAUCUCUCAAAUCAUAUCCAGAAAAGGAGAUGCAUGCUCAUGUAUUUAAUCACACUCCAGAACAAGAAGGAAUUGUCAGAGGAAAUUCAACUACAACAAGAAGCUAUGCCAGUAGCAGUAGUUCUACAAAGAAGGCAACAGAAAAAGAACCUCCAUCUCAAAUUACUGUCAAGACAUCAACAGGAAGUGUCAUUUCUGUACCAAAUGAUAGAAUUGGAAAUGCAGACAUUACACUUGCCUCAAUUUCAUCUGAACAAAAAAUUAAGAAACAGAAAAAGACCUCUAAGCCAGAAAAUGCCCCUGUAAAUUUAACACCACUCUCUAUUAAUACUACCAAUACUACUAUUAGUAGUAGUAGUACUAAUGGUUCUAGAAAGGAGAAAUAUUCCACUAGCUCUAUACCAAAAGAAAAUACUCUUGCUUCAUCUGAAAUCUCAUCAAUCAAAAUACCAAAGAAAGAUUCAUCUCACACUUCAUCAAGUGCUGCCUCUAGUAGUAACAAUUCUCACACAACCACUCAAUCCUCCACUAAGAAAUCUAGAUCAGCUGCCAGUAGUAGCAGCAGUGGCUCAACUUCCAAUGUCGGCAGCAGUAGCUCAGCAUCCACAACUACUGCUGCUUCUGCUGCAACAUCUACAAGUGGUGAACAGUCAAAGAGUGGUAAGAAGAGAAAAGCAAUUGCAUCCUCAACUACAAGUGGAAAAACCAAAAAGCAAAAACAAUCAUCUGCUGCCUCCUCAUCCUCCAUUUCAACAAGUGUUGCUGCCACUCCUUCAAUAAGCGACCAACAAGCUAUUCCAUCAGCAGCAGAUGCUGCUGGUUCAGAUGAAAAUACUCUCAUCUAUGAAGAGAAUUUACAAGAUCCAACACCAUAUUGCUAUUGUAAGAAAACUAUGGCUGAGGAUUCUUCUGAAAUGGUUGGUUGUGAUUCUCCAAAAUGUCCAAAUAAUGGGUGGAUUCACAAACAUUGUCUUCAUCCAGGUGAAGAUCCAGAUGCACCACAAUUUUACUGUCUCAAUUGUAGUAAAACAAUGAGCAAGAAGAAAAAAAAGAAAUAA